UAGAUUGAUUGGGAAGCCUAAUGGAGAGGGAGAGAUAGAACCACUGCAGCCUUAUCUCACACACUGCCGGUGUCAUCUACAAUGGAGAGCCAGGGCUUCUUCUCCAAGAUCCAGUACUGGUUGGUGGAUCAGCCGGCAAUCACCCAAUUCUACUGGACGCCAGGCCAAACCCCGGCCGCCUCGCUGCGCUUCCUCAACCUCGCAGUCCUCGGCUACCUCUCCCUCACCCUUCUCCUCCACCGCCUCCGCCUUCCCCCGCUCCCCGCCGCGCUCCUCCGCCCCAUCUCCGCCGCCCACAACCUCCUCCUCCUCCUCCUCUCCGCCGCCAUGGCCCUCGGCUGCUCCCUUUCGGUCCUCUCCCAAAUGCCCCGCCCCCAGUGGCUCGUCUGCUUCCCCAAGCCCCAACCCCCCGCCGGCCCUGUCUUCUUCUGGGCCUACGUCUUCUACCUCUCCAAAACCCUAGAAUUCGUCGACACGCUGCUCAACAUCCUCGGCGGCCGCCGCCUCUCCUUCCUCCACGUCUACCACCAUGCCGCCGUCGUCGUCAUGUGCUACGUCUGGCUCUCCACCUCGCAGUCGCUGCUCCCGGUGGCGCUCGUCACCAACGCCUCCGUCCACACGCUAAUGUACACCUACUACCUGCUCUGCGCCAUCGGGAGGCGGCCGCGGUGGAAGAGAGUGGUCACCGACUGCCAGAUCGUGCAGUUCGUUUUCAGCUUCGCGGUGUCGGCGGCGAUGCUGUAUUACCAUUUCACGGGAUCGGGGUGCUCCGGGAUAUGGGGAUGGUGCUUCAAUGCCGUCUUCAAUGCUUCGCUCUUGGCGCUUUUCAUUGAUUUCCAUUCCAAUAACUAUGCCAGGAAGAAGAAGAUGAUCAGGGACGAAGACAAGGAUAAACGGACGUGAUUUGAUUUGUCUCUCUCUCUCUCUCUCUGUGCUAUAUUAUAUAGCAGAGUAAAUCUCUCUCUCUCUCUCUAUAUAUAAUAUAGCAGAGAUUAGAUGAACUGUUGAAAAAUCAACGGUCCAGAUUUACUGAUGGUUUUAGCUGAAUUCUGAUUGGAAUCUUCUAUUGGAAAAACUGCCCUUAUUGUUGUGCAAAUAAAUGUAAUUCUAUUCAUCACUACUUAACCAUGUGAUGCAAAUACCUUUUGUUUAACAUUUAAAGGCCAAAUCUUACUGUAAUUUUGA